CGAGGGCAGGGGGUGAUGUCCGUGUCGUCACAGGUACUGUCCUGAGUGUCGAAAUGACGCCAGCGAGGUGGUGCUGGCCGGAGAGAAGCUGAAAGAGAGUAAGAAGAAGGCGAAGAUGGCGUCGGCCACGUCGUCCUCACAGCGGGACUGGGGCAAGGGCAUGGCGUGUGUGGGGCGCACCAAGGAGUGCACCAUCGUGCCAUCCAACCACUACGGACCCAUCCCGGGGAUCCCCGUGGGCACCAUGUGGCGCUUCAGAGUCCAGGUCAGCGAGUCGGGGGUCCAUCGACCUCAUGUCGCAGGCAUCCAUGGCCGGAGCAAUGAUGGGGCGUACUCCCUGGUCCUGGCCGGGGGGUACGAAGAUGACGUGGUAAGCGGGGCUUGGGGGGGGCUGGUAUUUAUUUUCUAAUUGUAGUAAAAUACGCAUAACAUAAAAUGUACCGUUUAACCAUCCGUAAGGGCACGGCUCAGCGGCAUUAAGCACACGCACGUUGCUGUGCCACCGUCCUCACCGUCCGUCACCAGAACUUUCUCAUCGUCCCAAACUCACCCUCUGUCCCCAUUACACACUCACUCCCCUCCCCCAGCCCCCGGCUCCACCAUCUGUGUCUGUGAAUCCGACUUCUCUGGGGACCUCCUGUGAGUAGGAUCACAGCGUUUGUCUUUUUGUGACUGGCUUAUGUCACUGAACGUGAUGUCCUCCAGGUUCAUCCAUGUCAAGCAGGUGUGUCAGAAUAUCGUUUUAAAGGCCUCAUACUAUUGCAUUGCCUGGAUGGACCACGUUUUUAUCCAUCACGUGUCAGUGGACCCAUGGUUCGCUUCCUCCUCUUGGCUGUUGUGAAUGAUGCUGCUGUGAACACGCGUGUA